CGCCGGCGGCUGCCGCUGAGGGGGCUCCUGCUCGCUCCCCGCCCGCCCGGGCGUCCCUCGCCCGCCCUCUCGUCCUUCCGCGCGGGGCUAUGAAGCCGUAGAGCCCCGCUGGGCCGUAGCCACCGUUCGCCGCCAGCAUGUUCGGCCGCUCCCGCAGCUGGGUGGGCGGCGGGCACGGGAAGGCCGCCCGCAGCAUCCACUCCUUGGACCACCUCAAGUACAUGUAUCAUGUUUUGACUAAAAAUACGACAGUAACAGAUCACAACCGCAACCUGCUGGUAGAGACUAUUCGUUCUAUAACAGAGAUCCUUAUAUGGGGCGAUCAGAAUGACAGCUCGGUAUUUGACUUUUUCUUGGAGAAGAAUAUGUUUGUUUUCUUUUUGAACAUCUUGCGUCAGAAGUCCGGUCGUUACGUGUGUGUACAGCUUCUGCAGACUCUGAACAUCCUUUUUGAGAACAUCAGUCAUGAAACAUCGCUGUACUACCUGCUGUCUAAUAACUAUGUAAAUUCUAUUAUUGUCCACAAAUUUGACUUUUCUGAUGAGGAGAUCAUGGCAUAUUACAUAUCAUUUUUGAAAACUCUUUCUCUGAAACUCAACAAUCAUACUGUACAUUUCUUUUAUAAUGAGCACACUAAUGACUUCGCUUUGUACACUGAAGCUAUUAAAUUUUUUAACCACCCAGAAAGCAUGGUCAGGAUUGCUGUUAGGACUAUAACUUUAAAUGUCUACAAAGUGGACAACCAACCUAUGCUGCAUUACAUUAGAGAUAAAACUGCUGUCCCUUAUUUCUCCAACCUCGUUUGGUUUAUUGGAAGCCACGUGAUAGAACUGGAUAACUGUGUGCAGACUGAUGAAGAGCACAGAAAUAGAGGCAAACUGAGUGACCUGGUAGCAGAACAUCUUGAUCAUUUACAUUACCUUAAUGAUAUCCUUAUCAUUAAUUGUGAAUUUCUAAAUGAUGUGCUGACAGACCACCUACUUAAUAGGCUCUUUCUUCCCCUCUAUGUGUAUUCAUUAGUAAAUCAAGAUAAGGGUGGAGAGCGUCCAAAAAUAAGUUUCCAAGUUUCUCUCUAUCUUCUUUCUCAAGUUUUUCUAAUUAUACAUUACGCCCCUUUGGUGAACUCAUUGGCUGAGGUUAUACUUAAUGGUGAUCUCUCUGUGUUUUCUUCUAAAGUUGAGCAAGAUAUACAGAAAAACUCAGCAAAGUCAAGUAUCAGAUGUUUCAUAAAACCAACAGAAACACUGGAGAGAUCUCUUGAAAUUAACAAACAGAAGGGGAAGAAGAGGUUGCAGAAAAGACCCAACUAUAAAAAUGUUGGUGAAGAAGAUGAAGAGGAGAGAGGAUCUGAAGAUAACCAAGAUGACCUAGAUAAAACUAAAGGUACAGAAGCAAGUUCAAAGGGCAUCAGAACAAGCAGUGAAAAUGAAGAAAUAGAGAUGGUAAUCAUGGAGAGAUGUAAACUGUCAGAAUUGUCUGUCUCUACUGUGACAGAACAGAAUACAACAGAUGAAGAAAAGAGUGCAGCUGCCUCUGGGAGUGAGAUAACAAACUGGAACAGGCCUUUUCUUGAUAUGGUCUAUAAUGCACUGGACUGUGCUGAUGAUGAUUACUAUGCCCUCUUUGUGCUCUGUCUUCUCUAUGCAAUGUCACACAACAAAGGAAUUGACCCAGUCAAGCUGGAGAGAAUUCAACUUCCAGCUCAACAUGCUGAAGAGAGAAAUUCAUAUAAUCAUGUACUUGCAGAAAGGCUCAUCAGGAUAAUGAAUUAUGCUGCACAACCAGAUGGAAAAAUACGUUUGGCAACUUUAGAACUUGGCUGCCUGUUGCUGAAGCAGCUUGUGUUUUCUAAAAAUGGCAGCAUCAUAAAAGAUGUUCACCUUGCUUGCCUUGAGGGUGCAAGGGAAGAAAGUGUUCAUCUCCUUCGUCGUUUCUAUAAGGGAGAAGAAAUUUUUCUGGAUAUGUUUGAAGAUGAAUACCGGAGUAUGACAAUUAAACCCAUGAAUGUAGAGUACUUGAUGAUGGAUGCCUCAAUCUUGUUGCCUCCAACGGGGACACCACUGACUGGUAUUGAUUUUGUGAAAAGAUUGCCUUGUGGAGAUGUGGAAAGAACACGAAGAGCAAUCAGAGUUUUCUUUAUGCUCCGUUCACUGUCACUGCAUUUGCGGAAUGAGCCAGAAACUCAGUUACCACUCACAAGGGAAGAAGAUCUGAUAAAGACAGAUGAUGUUCUUGACUGGAAUAACAGUGAUCUAAUUGCUUGUACAGUCAUAACAAAGGAUGGGGGUCAAGUUCAAAGAUUCCUGGCUGUGGAUAUUUACCAGAUGAGUCUGGUUGAGCCAGAUGUUGCAAGACUUGGAUGGGGAGUAGUUAAGUUUGCGGGCCUUUUGCAGGAUAUGCAGGUGACGGGAGUAGAGGAUGACAGUAGAGCUCUGAACAUAAUAAUUCAUAAGCCUGCCUCAAGUCCUCAUUCUAAGCCUUUCCCUAUCCUUCAAGCUACAUUUAUUUUUUCUGAUCACAUUCGCUGCAUUAUUGCAAAACAACGUCUUGCAAAAGGCCGUAUCCAAGCUCGGCGUAUGAAAAUGCAGAGAAUAGCAGCUCUCCUGGAUCUUCCUGUUCACCCUUCCACUGAAGUUGUUAUGGGUUUUGGACACAGCUCUGCAGCUACAGCCCAACACCUUCCAUUUAGAUUUUAUGAUCAGUCACGACGUGGUAGCAGUGAUCCUACAGUGCAACGCUCUGUUUUUGCAUCUGUUGACAAAGUUCCAGGCUUUGCUGUAGCCCAGUGCAUAAAUCAGCACAAUCCAUCACCACUCUCAUCACCAUCACCUUCCAGUGGCAGUGGGAGUACGGGGCGCUGUGAUUCAGUGACUGCAAGCUCAACAUCCACUCCUUCUGCUGCACAGAGCCCAUCAGGUCUGGCAGGAAAGGACGUCGGCGGGUGUUUAGUCUGUCGGAGGCUGACAGUCACGGUGGACACUGGGUUUAGGUCUUCAAGCAGCAGCUGCAACAGAAACUCGCGCAAUAUCAAUUCAGAUGAUGCUUCAGCUCCAGAGCAGCCUCAGAUGACCGUUUCUGGUCAGACGAUGUUGACUGAUGAAACUCUCUCAGCUGUCUCAAAGUCUAGCAAGAAUGCUGUAAAAAACAGUGACAUAGAAACAGCAAACCUGUCUCCUAGCCUGAUUCCUGCACAGCAGCCCACAAUAUCAUUAAUAAUAGAUGAUAAUACAGAUGCAUUAAGUGUAGAGUCACUUACACUGGUGCCACCAGUUGAUCCACACAGCAUUCGAACAUUCAGCUGCAUUUCUCCGUCCUCCUUGCAAUCUGAAGUUGAAGUUUGCAAGGUAAAAGAGGUAGAGGAGGAAUGUUCUGACUAAAGCCAGCCUGCAGACUGUGAUAAACAGUGAAGCCAAUGCAACCAAAUUCUUUGUUGUUUUUUUAAUUUGUGAGUGUGGAUGUUUCUUGAAGCCUGAGAGGCCAUCUGGUCUGCGAGAAGAGGCCCACUGAUGAAAGAGAAUGUGGGAAGCUUUUAGAGUAAACCUCAGAUGCUCAAAGUAUUUAAACUGGAGAAGAAAAAACAAAACCCAAAUAAAAAAAACCCUGCAACUUUUUAAUCUGGACUGGUUGUUUCCUAACAAUUUCUGUUGUACAAGAACAUGAAAGUAUUUCAAAGCACCUACAUUCUUUCUAUUUUAGAGUUCCGGCUGCAGGAACGAAGUUAGUUGUAGAAGGUCUAGAGCUUUAUGGCAAAGUGAAGAACUUUUUGGAUACCUGGCUUCAGGAUAUUGUAUCGUUACUUCUCUGAAACUGGAGACGUACCAUUGACUGGAAAAAAUUAUAUAUUGUAGUACAGAGAUAACACUUCCGUUUGAGACAUGGUAUGUUUUCUAGUUUUGGGAGGGGUUUUGAUUUUUUUUGGUUCUUUUUUUCUUUCUUUUUCUUUUUUUUUUUUUUUAAAUCCUGAUCUCAUUCAUCUUUUGGAGGUCUGCAUGAUACCAGCAGGCUUGGCCACUUCCAGUGUUGUCUUCGUAGGACUCCAGACUUGUGUUUUCCAUGUGUAAUAUUUAUUUCAAGGUUUGAUUCAAAGCAAGAUAUGUAUCAAACAAAUUCUUAAAAGGUAAAAGCCUGAAAUUUAGUGACAAAUGCUUAUUCAAAUUUACAUAAGGGAUUUUUGACACUACUUUAGCCUUUGCUUAACCAGCUACAGAGGAAUGUGAAAUAUUUUAAGAGAUUGCUAUAGCUUGUUUGUUUGCUUCUGACAGUCAAAUUGCUACACCUCUGAGGAAUGAUGAUAUCCUUUCCACUGAAGGACAACUUCUAGAAGCAGGUGGAAGCAGUUUUACUCUAAAGAGGUUUUGUAAACUUUUCAUCUUCAUGUAGGAAGAAGGUCACCACAUCUAACUGAUAAUUCCUUCGCAAGUCUGAAACUCAAAAGGAAAGUUAUUGUGUGUUUUUUUCCUAUCUGGGAUAGUAUCCCAGUUAAACACCACCAUUAUGUAAAAGUGAUUCUGAGUCUAUGCUUGCCUUACUUUGCUUCCUAGAUCCUGAUACCAAGUUGACAGAAAGUAGUGCAAAAGUGUUGAUUAAAGUUUGGAAUGUUCUUUGUUGAUUUGAUAUGUAAUUUAGCGUGAAUGGAAUUCAAGAUUUCUCAAAUUUCCAUGUGCGUUAAUUUAAAUUAAUAGUAAAAUGAGUAGUUUGUCAUUAUUGGUCUGCUCAUAACAUUGAGUGCUUUCUGGCUCUCAAAUAUUGAAGACUACUAUUUACAUUACUUGGUAUUAUGAUUUCAGUCAUCAGUACAAUCUGCUUCCUCAUUCUGCCUCUACUAACAUUGAUUUCCUAUCAAGUAGGUGAAUCUGAAAACUUUUUACCUACUUCCCAGUCUCUUAUUGUACCUAUUCCUGGCUGUCAGAUGGAAUACUUGAAGUGAUUUUAAAUGUAAUAUUUAUAUAUGAGGUUGACUAGUCCACAAGUAUAACUUUGCUUGCUUUUUCCAUCUUUUCCUUCACAUAACUUAAUCUUUGUAAAAUAUGUACACAAGGUGUCUGCUAUUGAAUGGCAGCAUUUUUUUUUCUUCCCUUAUUAGCUUUUGCAUACAGUUUUGUUGAUUUCUGGUUUUCUGUGACUUCUACUUUGUCUCAAAUUGAAUUAACCAAUAUUCUGACCAUUCCAGAGUGGCCCAAACUCUAAAAGAAUUCUGAGAGUUAGCUGCUGCUAUAGAUGUGGGAUGAGAAUUUGGCAUUGUUGAAGUAAGAGCCUACCUUUUUUUUUUUGGUCAUAUGCUUAGGGUGAGUUUACACUGCAGUCACCGUUGUAGCUAAUGCAUGUGUACCUGAACAAGCCCAGACAUCAGUAGCAGUCUGGACACAAAGACCACAUAAAUUGUUAUUAGCUGAACUGAUUCCAGAACUAGACUUCCUCUAGUAUAUUGCAGCAUUACACUGUAGCCCCAGUAAUGUUCUGAAGAUCAUUAUUAAAAAUGAUGCCUUACUGAACUUGAAAGCAUUUUAUGUUAGCUGUUAACCUUAGCUCUUAACCUAGACAAAAUGCCACUGUGCCGGCUGAGUUCCCUUAAGUAGAAUUAAUUUUAGACAGGAAAACCUUGAUCUUUAUUUAAUUUCAAAUUCAGUUCUAGCAAGAUUAAGACCAUGCAGAAGGAGUCUUUUUAAUGGGUGUGCAUAACUCACCCUUGAGCCAUAUCACACAAGAAAAGGCACAAAGGGAAAGCAAGCUGACUUUGUGCUUUUGAUUGCCUUUGAGUGACUUUUAAAUCUCAUGACCAGUUGUCUACUGAGAGCUUCACAGGAAAUGACUGAGAUAGAUCCUAUUAUUAGCAAAAUAGAAGACUAGGUCUACUGUCUAGUCCUCUGCUGCAGAGCACUGCUGGUCAAGGGGUGGUAAGAUGGGACAUCUUUUAGCAGUUCUAUCAAAAGCUCUCUGCAAAGACGGAAUUACACUAGGAAAGCUCUGUCUGCACCAGCUCUACCAAUGUUGUGUUAGAUAAAUGCUACAACUGGUACAGACCAACCUAAAUCUCCUAAAUUGCCAGAGAAGCAAUUGAUUUUUGACUUGUUUGCUUCUAAUAUUAGGACAUAUGCGUAUACAAUUUGACUGUGCUUCAUGCUUCAGAAUGUAAAAGCUCUGAAGAUGCUGAAGUAAUCUGUCAUCAGCAGCCUUUUAUCUCUGUAAGUACAGUGUUACUCAUUUACAAUUCCUUGAAGAGUAUCAUGUCUAUCUCUCCCUUAUCAGAAAAACUCAAGGGCUGUUUCCUUAUCCCCCUUUCACUGUAAAAAGGAAACUCAACCAAGAAAGCAUUAGCACAUCAGCCACAAAUGUAUUUUUUUUCUAAACAAAAGUUGAUUUGCGUCAGUGUAACAUCACCCUUUUUAACCAAAUCCAAAUACCAAGUUGCAAAAGAGAGCAGCAGCUGAACAACUGACCAUUCAAAAGGUUCACUAUUUCAGUGUAAUACUGCAGAGGGGAGGUACAAUCAAUCUAAAGUAAAUAUAGCAAUGUUCCAGAGCAAAAUGUCAAAAUUUUGGAGAUGCUAAAUUCUCAGUGUUUGUUUGUAGAAGCUAUGCCUAUCUUCAGCCAUAUUCUGUGAACUUAAAAUAGUUCUAUUAUUCUCUUGCUUUUGAGAAGAGAAGCCAAAGAAGCCAAGGCAUACUGAAUGUAAACUUUGCUAUUUUAUGGCCUAUGUGUCUCACUUUAUCAAAUUUUACGAAGAUAUUGCUUGUUUAACAAAACUAUGUGUGGCCAUCACUGUUAGGUUCAUUGCCUCUUGCUGGUCCCCUUUGCUUUUCUGUCAUCCAGUGUACACCAAUGAACAAGACUCAGGCUUUUCAUUUGUGAAGAGAGUAACGGCAGCAUACACUUGGAAAUUUGGUAAAAAAGGGGAGGGAGGAAACAGCAGUGCCCAAUUCUAACAUCUGCUUCACCAUAGAAGUAAUGCUUGCAGUGUAAACCUGGUGUGCAAAAAUUACUUAUUUUGCAGAAAUUCUUUGAUUUAGAAAGAAACCAAAGGUUAAGCUUCCUGCCAUUCAUUUUACAAGCUGUGUGGAUUAAACCAAAUUAAUUAGAAAUGUGGUCACAUAUAUUAAUACUAAAAGCUCUAUUAUUUUGUGUGUGAAGUCAUGAAUUAUAUACAGUAUAAGGACAGAGCUCAUUUGUAUUCUCCACUGCUAAUUCAUGAUAAACUAAAAUUCUGACUUCUCUUCCUUAAAUUAAGCUGAGUUUUAGAAAAGAUAUAAAAUUACACCUGUUAAAGAAGCUUCCCAACGUUCUUCGCUUUACGACACAGUUGGAAUUUUCCUUGAAGUACUUGUUGAGGAAAAAUUGGGAAUAUCUUCCAGAAUUCAUUUAAUCUUUUGCAAUACUAUUGCUAAAGGACAGGUAUGUGACAUUUAAAAACUCUUCUUCCAUAUCCAGAAUUUAAAAUUCAAAUCUAGGUCAGUAUUCAGAGUUUAAGUCAGUGUCCAGUGAUUCAUAUGAACCCUUUGCUGAAUAAACACAAUACAGCGGGGAAUAAUGUUCCUUUAUGAUUUUUGAAGUAUUCUUGUGUGUAGAAUUUUUAAACUGAUGGUUAAAAUAGUUUGUUUAUAGCAAAAUCAGCAAUCUUUAGGAUUGAAAUUGCUGUGAAAUAUUUUUUUUCUAGUUAAGCAGUAAGAGGAGUGACUAAUUUCACUGCAAAUGGCCUGGCGUGAUUACUUUAAGCAGUCUAGGAAUCAAAUAAUUGCCCUGCAAUUGGGUGUCAUUUUACUAGUAGUACGUUAAACUUAAAACUGUACACUUGAAGACCUAGGUAAGCUAUCAGGCAAGCUGGUCAAACUGUAUGUAUAAUUUUGAAGCCACUUCAUAAAAGUAAACACUUGAAUCACAUGGUGCUGUCGGUGCUCUGGUGUAAUGAGUCACUCUUUUCGACACACUCGUUAUAGGUAAAUAACUACAGAAUAGCCUAAUGAAUAGUUUCACUAGCCUGCAUGUAGUUACUCUUCAAAAAAAACCCACCGUGCUAAACAUUCUGAUGUGGUCUUCACUAACCAGCUAAAGUUAAAUGGGGAGUUGCUUUUAAGAACAUUGCAGAGGCAGCUGUUGUCUAGGAAACUGAGUGCUUUAGUCCUAUAGUUGAAUCUAAAAUUUGCAAAGAGACAUCAGAUGGGGACAUCAGUGGGGUCUAGCUGUUUUGCCUCAAAGAUAAUGAGUCUUCUUGAUGAGUCUUGUACUUAUUUUCAGGCAACCUAAUGUUAGGUGGUGUUGAAAAUUCUCCUAACUGUUCCUGUCAUUCUUCUUGAAAGAGUUUUUUGGUACGUCACUGUUUAACCAUCACUGGCCUGCCCUAGGUGUAACUAACCUGGGCACUGUGCUUCUGUUAUCUAGACGUCUUUGGAGUGGUUCUCCUGUGCUUGCCUGCUGUGUUGCACUGACCUUUCCCAACAUUUGCAGCAUGAAUGAGAAACAAAUAUAGUAACUCUUACUGUCUCCUAUUGGCUUCUGAAACGCAGAUGGUGAUCCAAGCAGGGCUUGCUAGGGUGGGAUGUUUUUAGGGGGUGGGGGGGUGAAGUGCUUGGGGUUUUUUUUCUGCUGCUUGGGAUUUUUUGAGCAGCAACAAAGACAUGGGAGAUGCAGUUCUGGACUGAGUCUCAAACAGAAGGUUCUUUCAUAUGGAAAUGUAUUUUUCUAUUACAUUUGUACAGAAUUUUGCCUAUUUUGAUCUCCCAAAAUUUUUAGAUUUGCGCAUUGCUCAGAUUUGAUUUCUUUUGCAAGGUGUCAUAAAGUAUGUAUUUUAUGUUUGUUAAUGUAUUAUAAAUGUAAAGCUAAAUUUUGCUUGUCUAAUAAACGUGCACUGUGGCGGUAUCUGGUUUAUUGUUUUGCUAACUUGAAUUCAUUGGUUCUUAAUAUUAAAAGGAAAAAAUUGAGUCAUUGUUGUGACUGUCCUGUUAGCAUAAAUAAAUGUGUGGGUGCAUUUAUUUAAAAACAUAACUAAAAAGGGCUUAAGAAGCAGGUAAUGACUAAGAAUAUUUGUUGAUGACAAAAGUUAAGAGUUAAAUAAUGUUCAGACUAGUAUAUAGUGUUCCCAGGAUUCUUUUAAGAUCAUAAUCUUAAAAUAGAUGGGAUUUUUUUUUUUUCAUGGGU